CGCGAAAGCGGAGUAUACGUCUUUUCGGACCAGGGCUCAAGGGAGGGGGGCAAUCCCUUGUCCUUGGCAAAAUUGGGGGCUGAGGACUGCAGCUUCCAGCACUCCUAGUUAGGAAGAGGAACUUCAGUGGUCCUGUUGCCCACAGUAGGUCUUCUCUCCCCACCCCCUCUGCGCUGCACCUCCUUUUCCGCCGUUCCCAGGAACUGGAGAGAGGAAUGCUUUUGCCUUCUUCCAUGGCCUCUGGAACCCGUAGGAACCUUUCCUCUAACCAGAAAACCUUGGUACCCUUAUUCACCAAGGAUCCUUGGCGUGGAAUCUUCCUCCCUUCUCCCAAAUCUUUCUCUGUGAACUUUUCCCACUGGACUCUCCUAAAGCAGAACUAGGAGUUCCCAGCUUUUUGCUGUCUCCAAUUGUCUAUUCCCUGUACUCAUGGCAACAACAGCUACGAGCCCCAGUUCACCUCUUCGGUCCGAGGACCUCCUGAGUGAUUCAUCAGAACCCCCGGGGCUAAAUCAGGUGUCAUCUGAGGUGACUUCCCAACUCUAUGCUUCUUUGCGCCUCAGCCGACAGGCAGAGGCCACAGCCCGAGCCCAGCUGCAUUUACCCUCCACCUCCCCACCUCCUCAUGAGGUGUUAGAUUGCUUGGCCCAGGAGCUGAGUGGCAGCUUGUCAGUCGGAUUGGAGAACAACUUGAAGAAAAAGGAUGGUUCUAAGCAUAUCUUUGAGAUGGAAAAUGUUCGGGGUCAACUCCAGACUAUACUUCAAACCUCACGUGAUACGGCCUAUCGGUAUCCCCUCACUCCAGGUGCUGGCUCAGAGAGACGGGAAGAGGACUCCUUUGACAGUGACAGCACAGCCACCUUACUCAACACCCGGCCCCUGCAAGAUUUAUCUCCAUCUAGCUCAGCCCAAGCCCUGGAGGAGUUGUUUCCCCGGUACACCAGCCUUCGGCCAGGGCUCCCACUCAAUCCUCCGGAUUUUCAGGGUCUGAGAGAUGCACUGGAUUCAGAGCAUACCCGCCGUAAGCAUUGUGAGCGCCAUAUUCAGAGCCUGCAGACCCGAGUGUUAGAGCUACAGCAGCAGUUAGCCGUGGCUGUGGCUGCCGAUCGCAAGAAAGAUAUCAUGAUUGAACAACUGGACAAGACCCUGGCCCGUGUGGUGGAGGGCUGGAACCGGCAUGAGGCUGAGCGGACAGAGGUGCUUCGGGGACUUCAAGAGGAACGCCAGGUGGCAGAACUCACCAGAAGCAAGCAGCAGGAGACAGUAACCCGCCUAGAACAAAGUCUUUCUGAGGCCAUGGAGGCCCUGAAUCGUGAGCAGGAAAGUGCCAGACUGCAGCAACGGGAAAGGGAGACACUGGAAGAGGAAAGGCAAGCUCUGACCCUGAGCUUGGAGGUAGAACAGCAACGGUGCCAGGCCCUGCAGGAAGAACGGGAUGAGGCUCGGGCUCGGCAACUCAGUGAGCAUCGACAGUUGGAGACACUUCAGGUUGCCCUAGAAGAAGAACGGCAGACUUGGGCCCAGCAAGAACACCAGCUUAAGGAAUGCUACCAGGCACUGAAAGAGGAGAGCCAGGCUCAGUUGGAAAGGGAGAAGGGGAACAGCCAGAGGGAGGCCCAGGCAGCCCGAGAGGCCCAACAGCAGUUGGCACUGGUGCAGUCUGAGGUGCGGCGGUUAGAAGGAGAGCUGGAUAUAGCUCGAAGAGAGAGAGAUACGCUGCAGCUGGAAAUGAGUUUGGUGCAGGCCCGGUAUGAAAGCCAGCGGAUCCAGAUGGAGUCAGAGCUGGCUGUGCAGCUGGAGCAGCGGGUGACAGAGCAGCUGGCUCAGGCUCAGGAGAACAGCCUGCGGCAAGCAGCCUCCCUGAGGGAACAUCACAGGAAGCAGCUGCAGGACGUGAAUGGACAGCACCAGCAGGAAUUGGCCACUCAGUUGGCUCAGUUCAAGUUGGAAAUGGCAGAACGAGAGGAACGGCAGCAACAGGUGGCUCAGGACUACGAGCUAAGACUGGCCCGGGAGCAAGCGCGAGUGCGGGACCUGCAGAGUGGGAACCAACAGCUGGAGGAACAGCGGGUGGAACUGGUAGAACGUCUCCAAGCCAUGCUGCAGGCCCACUGGGACGAGGCGCAUCAGCUGCUUAGCACCACUCUCCCGCCUACCAACCCCCCGGUUCCUCCCCCUGGCCCCUCCAGCCCUGGGCCUCGGGAGCCAGAGAAAGAAGAGAGGAGGAUCUGGACUAUACCUCCCGUGGCUGUGGCCCUGAAGCCUGUCUUGCAGCAGAGCCGGGAAUCAAGGGACGAGCUGCCUGGAGUGCCUUCUGUUCUCUGCAGCUCCUCCCCAGACCUUAGCCUCCUGCUAGGCCCUUCUUUGCAGAGCCAGCAUUCCUUCCAGCCCCUGGAGCCAAAACCAGAUCUCACUCCACCCACAGCUGAGGCUUUCCCCUCUGCACUUGGGGCCCUGCAUCCCAAUCACAGGGCAGAACGUCCAUUCCCUGAGGAGGAUCCUGGAUCUGAUGGGGAUGGCUUCCUGAAGCAAGGGCUGCCACCUGCUUCUCAACUGGAGGGCCUCAAGAAUUUUUUGCAACAGCUGCUGGAGAGUGUACCCCAGAACAAUGAGAACUCCUCUGUUGACCUGUUGCCCCCUAAGUCUGGUCCUCUAACUGUCCCAUCUUGGGAGGAAGCCCCUCAAGUGCCACACCUUCCACCUCCUGUGCAUAAAACUAAAGUUCCCUUAGCCAUGGCGUCUAGUCUCUUCCGGGUCCAUGAACUUCCCUCAUCCAAUUCACAAGGCAGUGGUCCCAGCAGUGGCUCCCCAGAGAGAGGCGGAGAGGAGCUCACGUCCCCAAGGCAGCUGAUGGAGGUGUCCCAGCUGUUACGGCUAUACCAGGCUCGGGGUUGGGGGGCUCUUCCUGCCGAGGAUCUGCUGCUGUACCUGAAGAGGCUGGAACACAGAGGGAUUGAUGGCCGAGGGGAUAACAUCCCCAGAAGGAACACAGACUCCCGCUUGGGUGAGAUCCCCCGGAAAGAGAUUACCUCCCAGGCUGUCCCUCGCCGCCUUGCUGCAGCUCGUCAGACUGAAAAACCUCCUGCACGGAAGAAAAGUGGACACCCUGCCCCUAGUAGCAUGAGGAGUCGGGGGGGAGUCUGGAGAUAAGUCCUUUCUCCUCUUCUUUUUUCUCUUGUUGUUGUCGUUGUUAUUAUUAUUUUAAUAAAUGCCAAAUAGUCUAGUCUCUGACUCAGGAAUUUGGAAAAUGGAAGUUUUGUAGGAAACUACUUUGUAAAGAACCCUUAUUCUGUUUGAAUAUGUUUUUUAUAUGUUGUAUGUUUAUGUUAUUUUCUGUGGGAAAAGGCAUGAAUGCUCUGAAAGAAGAUGGUCUGUGAAUAGGUUUUAGAAGUUUGAGUAAGCUAAGGUUCAAUGUUUAAAAAGUAAAACCCAUGGGGUGAUUAACUCUGGUUGGUAGCAGAAU